CAAGAAGACCACCAACGGUCCUUUGCCUGUCAAGUGGAUGGCGCCCGAAGCUUUGUUCGACCGCAUCUACACGCACCAAAGUGACGUGUGGUCUUUCGGCGUCCUGAUGUGGGAAAUCUUCACGCUGGGAGCGUCUCCGUAUCCUGGCGUCCCAGUGGAGGAUCUCUUCAAACUUCUGAAAGAAGGCCACCGGAUGGACAAGCCAAAUGGCUGCACACUACUACUCUAUGAGAUGAUGCAAGACUGCUGGCACGCAGUCCCCUCCCGCCGGCCCACCUUCCCGACCCUCGUCCAACAAAAGUAG